AAGUAAAAAAAGGGGGGCGGGGCUAGUCUCAAGCAGCAGCAGAAAUUGUCACCAUGAGUGCUCCACCAUGCACAGAGCAAGAGGUCACUGGACCGGAACGAUUUGUACCACUGUGGCCAGCUGAAGACACACCAGGAGCUCCCCAAGACACUGAAAAGCCACCUACAGAAGAACAAGAAAAGAGUGAAUCUGGUGAAUCCCAAAUAGAGCGCACCUCCCCUUUCACCCUCCCCCAUACGUCAUGUGACGUCACCUAUGUCCCCUAUGAGUCUGAGUUACAAAUGCCCGACAUUGUCAAGAUCAUGAAGGCCUCACUCUCGGAGCCCUACUCUAUCUACACGUAUCGUUACUUCAUCCACAACUGGCCGGGACUCUGUGUGCUGGCACAUAGUGGGGGUGUGUGCGUGGGGGCGGUAGUGUGCAAGCUGGAGAGGCAUCACUACGAUGUGAAGCGGGGCUACAUCGCCAUGCUUGCCGUCGAUAACAACUAUAGAAAGAGGAAAAUUGGCUCCACUCUGGUGAGACUAUGUAUCUGGCAGAUGCUGUCCCAAGGCUGUGAUGAGGUGGUCCUAGAGACGGAGGUGACUAACAGAGCAGCACUCAGUCUCUAUGAGAAUCUGGGCUUUGUUAGAGACAAGUACCUACAUCAGUACUACCUCAACGGUGUGGCUGCUUAUAGACUAAAGCUGUGGCUGAGAGACCCUCACGAUGGAGAUAGUUAGCUUUAGGUUGUGUUCUCCAAUCAUCUUUGUUCAAUAAUAAUUAUGUUACGCUCUAACGGUUAUCAUAAUGCAGUAAUGUUA